AUGGUGGGCCGCUCUGCCGGCGUUCUCACAGCCUGCGCGCUGGGCGCCAGUGCCUUCCUAAUCCCCGCCGACGUAUCCGCAGACGCCUUCACCGAAAAGCGCAGCGACCUCAUUGUCCACUCGUUGAAUGCCAAGAGCUUGAUGCUGAAGCUGUCUUGUUCCGAGUGUGCCUUCUCCUACAACAACGAUGAGAAGGUCAAAGAUGUGGACGAUGAUGGCUGGUUCACCAUCCAGGGCGGUGCAAACAGCGUCCUUGUCAACUUCACCAUUUCUGAAGAUGGCCAGAGGUUGGAAGCCAACGGCGAGCCAGUAUACCCUAUAGUGUCCGCCAUGGCAGACAUGUUCAACGCUCCGAGGCACUACGUCAAGCAGGUGCCGGAGUCGGCCACUCUUCUGGACAUCGCAGACGGCGAGGUCAAGUCUGCCGAUCUUGAAGUCACCGCACACGGAGUCUCUAUCAUGAGCGAAGAGAAAGUGUCGCAGAACGGCGACAACCUAAUCCCAAUCAAGUACACCAUCUUCGAGUUAAACAACCAGCCAGUCUCCGUUGACGAGGUGACUAUCCAGCUUCUCAGCACCAAGGAACAUGACCUCUUGAUUGCUCAUGAUAAGAUCUCCAAGCGUCCAACUCCAAGGCCAGAUGACUCCUUUGGACACAUGCCAGAGGAGUUGCUUCUCCCAGCACCUUCCUCCGAGGACAGCCCUCCAAAGGAGUGCAAGAACCUUCCAGCUGCCAUCUGCAAGCUUCGUAACAUGAUCGAGGACAAGAUCGUGGGAAUGCAAAACGGCGUUAAGAAGGGCAAGCCUGGCUGCCAUGGCCGAAAGGGCAAGCACGGGCCACCAGGAUUUGUUCUUCCAAACCACAUCAGGCCCCACUUCCACAAGGAUGGCGAGGAUGGCGAGAAACAUCACGGACGUCCUCACCAUAUGGGUCACCAUGGACACUACCACAACAGCUUCUACCACGCUUUCACUCGUGGACUCAGCGCUGUACUCGUCCCGACCAUGGCCGGUAUCGCCGUUGGCAUGGCCGUCAGCCUCAUUGGCCUAAUCGUCGGUCGUCUUAUCGGGUUCUUCUGGAUCAGAUACUACCGUGGUGGACGCCGCGGAUACUCUAGCGUCGCGCGCGACGAGCUGAACGCUGAGAACUUCGAGGCUGCCAAAGAGUUUGAGGUCUCGUCUACCAGGACUUCCAUGGAGUCUGCUCCACCACUCUACGAGCACGCACCGGCGUAUGAGGUCAUCGAGAAGGAGGAGGAGUAG